AUGAUAAAGUCUGGACGUGCGAAGGCUGAUAUAAUAUGCAAAAACACCCUUCAUUGCUGGGUGAGGAUAACGAAGCAAGAGCGUAGUGGUGCAUUUUUCAAGGGUGACUUUUCGAAUGUCACCAGAGACACUGGUGGUGCUCUAGUGUUGGUGCUUGCGACAACCGACUUCUAUAAUUUUGGUAAUCUGUCGCCCGUGGGCAUGCUGCUCUUCCUGUGGGACUUCAGUAUCGGUAUGUGCCGAGGCAAUCUGGCCGAUCCGAAGCUGAAGACGCUUAUCCAUUCCAAGGAGAAGUUCGACCUGGUUCUGCUCGAGGGAUUUGUCGGCGACUGUCUGAUUGGCUUCGCACACCGAUUCAACGCACCUCUUGUUCAAAUGAGCGCGUUCCACGGCGCGGUGUGGAUGGGCGACUGGGUGGGCAAUCCUAGCCCUCCGGCGUACGUGCCCGACCCGUUCCUGGACUUCGGCGACCGCAUGACCUUCAAGCAGCGCCUCGUCAACACGGCGUUGGUGCUGCUGGAGCGCGCCGGCCGCGCCUGGUACUACCUGCCGAGGAUGGACGCGGCGAUGCGCGAGGGCUUCGGGGACCCCGACAUGCCCCACAUCGCCGAUCUCGAGCGCAACACCAGCGUCAUGAUGGUCAACUCGCACUUCAGCGUUGCCUACCCGCGCCCCGCCGUGCCGGCCUACGUGCAGGUGGGCGGGCUGCACAUCAAGAAGCCCAAGCCCCUGCCGCAGGAGCUGCGCGCGUGGCUGGACGCGGCGCCGGCCGAGGGCGUCGUCUACUUCAGCAUGGGCUCCAACCUGCGCAGCGCCGACAUGCCGGCGGCCAAGCGCGAGGCCUUCCUGCGCGCCUUCGCGGCGCUGCCGCAGCGCGUGCUCUGGAAGUGGGAGGAGGACACACUGCCCGGCCAGCCGCCCAACGUGCGCCUCGCCAAGUGGCUGCCGCAGCAGGACGUGCUCGCGCAUCCGAAGCUGAGGCUGUUCAUCACCCACGGGGGCCUCAUGAGCACGCAGGAGGCCGUGUACCACGGCGUGCCCGUCGUCGGCAUUCCGCUGUUCGGCGACCAGCAGCUCAACAUGAACCGGGCCGCUGCCGCCGGCUUCGGAGUCUCCUUGGACUUCCAGGAGGCGGUCUACUGGACGGAGUACGUGAUCCGGCACGGCGGUGCGCACCACUUGCGCUCGGCGGCCCUGGACGUCGCCUGGUGGCAGUACCUGCUGCUGGAUGUGGCGGCGGCGCUGGCGGCGGCUGCAGCGCUGGUAGCGACGCUGGCGUGGCUGGCGGCGCGCGCCUUCCUUCGCUGUCUGCGCGGCCCCGGCGGCCGCGUCACAGCCUCCAAGAAGCGGGAUUAGACGCAAGGGGGCGGGGCCUCCAAAGGAGGGCGCGGUGCAGGACUUCAGCUCUGGCUGUUUCAGUUACACUUUUUUGUUUGGACGGAACUCGUAAAUUUGAGGUGUGCGCAAUGGAAAAUGAGACUACAGUGAUAUGGCGAGAAGGUUUAAAGCCAACAAGCAAAUUAAAUUUCAUUUGGAACAAUACACCAGUAAAUUAUCACCAUUUACAUUGUUGGACUUAUCCCAGCACGUAGAAAGUGUGCGGAUGGCUUCUAUGUAAAAACUCCUGGAUUACUGAGAGAUUCACUAUUCCAUAGUGGCUUGCAGGACGGAGGUGAAUCUCUGACCUUUCAAAAAAGUUUUUAAGUUGCCGAAUAUAUGGGAGUCACUUGGGGAGAUAUCGGGGCUGUAAAGAGGAUGUUGCAGGACCUCCCAGUGAAACUUCGCAAGGAACGCGUGGGGUCUUCUUGGCUCUGCCCAGCUUUGUGUGGGUGAUGCGGUGCACCGUUCCUUUGCUCAUCGCCAGCUCAACGUGUGGUGUUUGGACAGCUCUGCCGUAUGAGCUCAUCCCCAGCCUCCAGCGUGGCACUGUUGUUCACAACGUGCGCCUGCCCCGGGCGUAGCAAGUCCUUGGUGUUACCGUUCCCGCCGCACCACGUUGAUAUCAUCCGAAUACAGAACAAUGAGCGAGACACCGCUCGCCAUGCACCUCGUGCAUCCUGCGAUAAAGAGAAGCAUGCUGCACUUCUGCGCGAAGAUAUUGGAUCUCUGCUCUUUGGAAUGUUCUGGAGGCAUCCAUUACGCAACUAACUGCGGAAACAACGCGACCAACCUGAGUCAAUCGCUGCGGCGUCCUUCUCUCCGCCUACGCAACAGAGAAAAACUAUUGUUCAAGUAGAUUGAAAUAAUUUUAUUUUUCUAAACAACAACCAUCAGCGAAGGGCGUGAGAGUAAAUGAAAGAAACGUUGUCUUUUACAAAAUGUUACUGUAUUCCUUGUAAUAUUAAAGAAAACUUACCAGUAUGUAAUUUCAUUUUCAUAACAUGCAUUGCUUUUUUUACAAAACACAUACGGUAAGUAGUAUUUUAGAAUUUAGAGAAAUGUUCAUGAGUGUAAUAAUAAACAUGUGAUUUUUUAAAGAAUGUGAUAAAAUUUGUAAAUGGUAUAAGCGUAUAAUUGUAAAAAAUAUUAUUUUAUUUUUAAAAUACGUAAAACUGAUACCGCGAUUCAAAAUAUGGAUUUAUGUUUCUAGUUUGGGAAUAAUAUUUAAACCAAAUACAACUUCAACAACCUCUUUUCUAAUGUUUUACUGCUAAUGUACAACUUUUUACUAAUCGUUAAAACAAAGAAAGUAUGAAUUAUUUAAUUUCUUAUUCAGAUUCCUCUCAGGACGUGUUGACUAAUUUUAUUAUUUUCUCAAAACAAGAACAUGCUGUUUUCUUACAUUUCGAUUGUUCAACCAAAGGUUUCCCACAGAGAUCACUCUUUUAUGAUUAUCUUUCC